UUUAUUAGCUCGUCGUCGUCCUCGGCCUCGGCCUCGACGGCUCCUUCCCGACGAAGCGAAGAAAUCGAACCCGCAGCGCCGCCGCCGCCGCCCACGCUCCACGACGCGACACCGCCGUCAUGUCGAGGUGUGCUGACUCGCGAAAGAUGGACUGGGGUUUUCAGCUGAACCCAUAUGCCGCUCCGUUCGUGCCUUCCUCCAUGACCAGCUCUGCAGCAGAGAGCUUGAAUCAAAGGACCUGCUCAUCCGAGAAGCCAUCAGGUGAAGCUGAGAAGACCGAGACCGCCGACAGAUCCGCCGAGUACGACCUCCCGGACUCGCUCUCCUUGGAUUUCUACGCUGAGAGCCUGGCGAAGCUCAGCAUCUCCGGCGAGUCCUCCCUGAAAGGAGACGCCGCUGACGGCGCACUGUUCGAUCCGUCAGAAUGUUUGGGGAGCGAUCCGGAUAUUCACCCGCCCAGUGUGGUGGCGUACCUCUCCCACAUGUUCCCGAAUGUCUCCGCCGACUUCAUCGUCGACGCGCUGAAGCUCCAGGAGUUCGACGUGGAUCUCACCAUCGACAUGCUUUCUCACUUGUGUGAAGCUGAUGGGUAUGGCCACUCUGCUGAAGCCGUGCGUCAGGAAAAUGGCACCCCGAGGCGUCAGCAUUGGGGCGUCGAGAGGUCGCCGAAAGGCGCCUUCGCCGCCAACCUGCAAGAUAAAUGACUGUGCUCAGCUACAUCUUCAUCGCCAAGAUUGGGUGUGCCUCCUCUAAAGUAGAGUGGGUGCGAAGUUCUUACGGCCGUACGGGGUACGAUCAUCCUGGAGAGGACCUGGGGCAGAGGCAGCAAAGACCAAUGUCUUGCCUUGUUGGGACACGGAUGUUUUCGGUUGUAAAGUCUUCUGUCCCACCAUGCUUCCAGCUGCGCCAUUUUUACCGUAAGAUCUACAGCUGAGCUCUUCUGGUAAUUUGGAAGUCAGGGAUCUUGUACGGCAUGCAGUCUCUCUGUUCUUGUACAGUUGUACUGUCAAUCUAUCCAUCGCCUGUCAGCAGGUAAUAGCGACCGUUGGUUGGUGCUGGCUUCCACGGCGUUCAGUGUGGCCAGAUGAACCAUUCAUUUUGUGCUCUCAACUCUGAUGAGAGCCUGUCUUUAAUUUACUUACAAGAUCGGCAUGAGCCUGAGUGCAGGCAAGCGUCAGCAUUGAUGUUUAGCUGGAGGCUACGCAGCUUGUGCUGGAUGCGACAUGAACUUUUCAUGUGUGGGAACCAAACGCAACCCAAGAGUGGAUUGC